AUGUUUGAAGUGCCGGAUGCGAAGCGGGUUCGCCGCGAUGAGCUGGAGUCGCCCAUAUCGUCUAGACAAUCCUCGCCCGACCCCGAUCUCGAAGAGCUGCUGCGAUCCAAGAUAAACUCCGAGUUUACCUAUACCACGACCGAAGAUGAUGUCCACGACAUCGCGCAAAGCGACCAAGACGAGACGGAGCUGCGGCUCUUCGCUGCGCCCGCAAACGCUGCUCCACAAUCGCUGAAGAUUAGAAUUUCAUCGCCAGGCGCCGAUAGCGGAGAACCAGGACUGAUUCUGAAGAAGCCACGGAGCUAUUAUUUCGCCGACGAGCCCACAAGCGAGGAGGAAGACGCCUUCAGAGCGGCCGCCAUCGAGGGAAGGAGCGUCCUGGAGCUGUCGCGGCAGCCAUGGCCCGGUUGCGCCCUGCCAUGGAAGGUGCGCACCAUAUCGCCGGCCGGCAUGAGCAAGGAGGUCCUGGUCGGUCACCCUCCUAUGCUCGUCACGGUUGAGGAUAAGGCGCACAAGCGCACAAGAAAGGGCAAGAAGUCACGCAUAGCGAUACGGAAGAAGCUCCAGGCGGUAAAAGAGAAGCAGAGUGAGGCAGCACGUCUUGCGCAAGAGAAGGAAGAAGCCAAGCGUGAGAAGAACACUCGGAGAAAUCGAGAGAAGAAGCUCAAGAAGAAGGCGAAGGAGCAAGCGAAGAAGGCAGCUGAUGGAGCCACAGACGGGGCAGCAGAGACUAUGGAUGGUGUGGUGGAAGACACUGUGACCGAGACUCAACCUGUUGCUGAUCAGUCGAUAUGA